GCUGUCCAAGGGCCUUUGAGUUUCACUGCCCGUAAUGGGCAGUGGCUGUGAAACUGUGAGGAAGGAAUUUUUCACAGAGUCAUGGAAUCACAGACUGGUUUGGGUGGGAAGGGACCUUCCUGUGUGUCCCUGUGGCUGGAGGGGCAGCGGCUGCUCUAGGGCCUGUGGGGGACAGUAAAAUUACCUGGGAGCAGGAAGGAGGGUCUGGAUCCAGGCCCAACCAUCCCCGCUAUAAAAAGCCGGAGCAGCCCCGUGUCCCCUGUGCAGGAGCUCAGGGGGGGCCGGGAGCAGCACCCAGACCCCACACCCAGCGCAGGGCACAGUCCCUCCCAGAGGAAGCGGCCGCGGCCCCGCCUGCGUCCUCACAGUGUCUGGGGGGUCCCUGGAGAGUCUCUGCCCACCAUGGAGCUCCUGCUGCUGGUGCUGCUGGCCACGACUCUGGCCACCGGCGUCCCCCCACGCCGGCCAGACCUUAAGAGUGGCCUCAGGGAGAUUGAACUGAGUAUGGCCCCCAACUCCUUCGAUGACCAGUACUCGCGCUGCCGCAUCAAAAUGGCGAAGGCGCUGAGGGCGCUCAACCGCACUGAGUUUGCCACCAACAGCGACUACGCUGACGCCUGGGGCAAGGCCACCAUCAAAUGGCACAGCCGCAAAUUUGUGGGGUCCCGGCUGCGGCGGGAACAGGCCAUCGCCCUCAUGGCCUACUCGAUGGAGGAGGGCCUAUACUUGGAGUUCAACAGGGCCGUGCGCAGCGCGGGGCGCUCCCUCCAGGAAUACCUGCGCAACUUCCCCUUCAAGGUGGUGCAUUUCCUGCUGACCGAGGCCCUGGAUGACCUGCGGGAUGAGGAGACCCACCCCCGCUGCCUCGACGUGUACCGGGGUAUUGAAGGGAUCCGGUUCGUCACUGAGCCUGGCAGGACCAUCCGCUUUGGCCAGUUCGCCUCCAGCUCCCUGCUGAGAAAUGUCAGCGAGCACUACGGCACCGACACCUUCUUCGAGGUGCACACCUGCCACGGCGCCAACAUCCGAAACUUCUCCCACUACCCUAACGAGGAGGAAGUCCUCAUCCCGCCCUUCGAGACCUUUAAUGUCACCAGUGUCACCCGCCAAGGGGACAAAACCCACAUCGAGCUCCGCUCCCACGGCGUGUACAGCAAAUACAACUGCGCGUGGCUCCGAGGCAGCAGCAUCCGCAGGGACCCCCCAAGCCUCACUGGGCUCCUCCUGGCAAUGCUGGCCCUGGCAGUGGCCAUCGGCACCCCCUGAGCCACGAGGACACCGCUGUCACCUCUGCCACCGUGCCCGGCCAAGACGAGGGCUCAGGAACGGAGCCCCCGGUGUCCCCAGGACAGCAGGACGGGCCGGGGGGCACGGGGACCCCCCCCUGCAGGGGGACACUGGACAAGCCCAGGGGACGCCCUCCCUGAGCCAUGGCUGGGGGGUUGGGGUGCAGCCGAGUGGGGGCACAGGGGGGAUUUGCUUCUC